CGGGGCACCGAGCAAAGGUUGGCCUCUUAGCCCGGGACCUUCUCCGCAGCUCCGCAGCAUCAUGACGGUGGGCGCCCGGCUCCGAAGCAAAGCGGCGAGCACCUUCGCGCGCCGAGGGCCCCUGGGGCGAUCGCGCGGCGCCGGCGACGAGGAGACCGAUGCCAUCGUGGAGCACCUGGAGGGUGAGGACGAGGACCCGGCGAGCCAGGACGGUGCGCGCGAGGAGAGCGGACGGCGCGCGGGGACCCCGGGCGCGCGCAGAGUGCACCUCGCGGCGCUGCCCGAGCGCUACGAGCCCCUGGAGGAGCCCGCGCCAGGCGACAAGCCCAAGAAGAGGUACCGGCGAAAACUGAAGAAGUACGGCAAGAAUUUCGGGAAGGCCAUCAGCAAAGGAUGCCGGUACAUCGUCAUCGGCCUGCAGGGAUUUGCUGCGGCCUACUCCGCCCCAUUUGGAGUGGCCACCAGCGUGGUUUCCUUCGUGCGCUAACUGGAGCUGCAGGGGCAGGCGUCACCAGAAUGCUUCUGCCCCAAGGGACAGUGUGAAUCCACCAGCACUUCAGACUUGGACUCACGGGAACUCGGAAGAGGAACCCUGCUUCGCGCUCCAUUGUUGGACUGGUUGAGUGUUAGGCAGGCAUCCGCUGAGCCACUCGAUCCUCUUAGACGUGCGUGGAUUCAGGGGUCAGCCCUGCGGAGAAUUAGGCCAAGGUCAAGUUGGGGUUAGGGGUUAGGCUAGCCUUCCUGGGGCACAGGCAGGCAAACCCGUGGCAGGGCUGGGGUCUGAGCCAUGCAGGCAGUGGGUGAGUUUUGAGGGAGGAGGAUGCAGAGCUCCAAUGGGAUAGUUGCUAGGUUCUGGAAAGGUCGAGGGGGCUGUUGGGCACUGGCCUUGGCCUAUGUUGCUCCUCUCCUUGAGAACAGGGAGGGAGCUGUUUGUUUCUGACGUCUCUCUCUCAACCUCCUCGCUUUGGUUUACCGAGCUGUCAUCGGGAGUUUAAUUACAGGUUUGGGAAGAAAGAAGGAAGGAAACCGUCUUUGAAGACCACGAUGCUUUGAAACCCGUGUUCACAGCUGUGUGGGGACUGUUGAAAGCAGAUCAGAGUGUGUCAUUUUCCUAAGUAUUUCAUAACUAUGCAGCCGGCAAUGAGGGAGUGAGGGCAAGUUCAGAUGAAAGCCUGGAGGCUGCUGCAGGUGCUUAGAGUCUGAACCUGGUCCAGUGAUUGUGUCUGGAGCAGGCAGGACUCCUGCAGAUGUGGUGGUUGUCCAUACCGGUCCACUGCUGACUGGUGCCUAACUCCCCCAUUUGAUUGAGGAGAGAGAGAAAGGGACAGAGAGAGA